UUGUCGAGGCGGAGCGGGUUCCUGGUAAAGCAGAUCAGAGUGAAACACGUAAGAUUCAAACACGCAAGGUCGUGUCCCCAGCUGUGGGGUGGAGGUUUCUUAUUUUUGAGCAAAGAUGAUGUCUCUAGCCGCUCGUUCCGGGGCUCUUUCCCCGUACCUGCAGGCAACAAAACACACGGUUAAAAGCCUGGUUUUCCCCGGAGCUACGGAGCUGGUGCCUGCUGCUGCUCCUGGAGGAAUCCGCCUUGCCCACACAGAUCUCAAAAUUCCUGACUUCAAUGACUACCGUCGACUUGAAGUUAUCGACCCCAAAAAGUCGUCUCAGGAAAGCAGUGAGGGAAGAAGGGCGUUCUCCUACCUUGUCACUGGAGCGACCACUGUAGUAGGCGUCUAUGCAGCCAAAACAGUGGUCACCCAGUUCGUCUCCUCCAUGAGCGCAUCAGCCGAUGUCCUGGCCUUAUCCAAGAUUGAGAUCAAGCUGAGUGACAUCCCUGAAGGCAAAAACAUGACCUUUAAGUGGAGAGGAAAGCCCCUGUUUGUCCGUCACCGCACAGAGAAGGAAAUUGAUGCAGAGGCAGCUGUGAAUAUUGCAGAGCUGCGUGACCCAGAGCAUGAUAAGGAUAGAGUGGUUAACCCCAAGUGGGUCAUCGUCCUUGGUGUGUGCACUCAUCUGGGCUGUGUACCCAUUGCCAAUGCCGGAGACUUCGGAGGGUACUACUGUCCUUGCCAUGGCUCCCACUAUGAUGCUUCAGGAAGAAUAAGAAAGGGACCCGCCCCUCUGAACCUGGAGGUUCCCUACUAUGAAUUCCCUGAUGAAGACACUGUCAUUGUUGGAUAAAUACAGCUCUGUCGCAGGUCUUCUCUGUAAUAUGUAUUUUUAGAUGGCUCUGUGAAAGAGGUGGGGCCGACAUAAAUAUGUGUAUUUACAAAUAAAGAGAUAUCUCCAACUGUUA